GUGGGUAUUGCAGUGCGUGAACGUCGUCGGGGUUAAAACGCGGCAGUAUUGGUGGAACUCUCAGCUGUUUCCUGCGUGUUUUGUUCCACGCCAGAAAUGGGGGGCAGAGAAUGUUGCGUGAAUAACUGUGGGAGCAGCUCCCACGACCACCAGGGCAGAAUGCUCCUGAACGGCCUGAGCUUCCACUGCUUCCCUGCAUGGAGAACGAAGGAAGGCGAACUUAUAUCGGAGUUAACGAGGCGGCGGAGAGAAGCUUGGGUGACCGCCGUGGGCCGCAGAGAAAUCACCUUCGACAGCAUCCCGUCCUCCAUGAGAGUCUGCUCCAGACACUUUGUCUCUGGAAAACCAGCAUAUGAGAUGCUGGACUCAGAUCCAGACUGGGUGCCGUCUCUCCAUCUGGGCCAUGAUGGUAAUGAUGAUGAAUGUGAAGAAAAGUCCUGGAAUAAAAGAAGAAGGUUGUCUUCUGCUGAGAAACCAGUAGAAGGAGCAGAUGGUGCUGCUGAAGCCAGGAAGCCUCCUCCGCCUGCUUGGAACGAAGUGAAAUCUGCUCUGCAGUCUCUUCUGGGGGGUAAAACCGUCAUCAGUCAGCAGCAGGGAGACGAUGAGCAGAACCAAGGCGCUGAGACGAGGACCGACUCCGGCUUCCGGGACUUCUUCAGGAACACUCUGGAGUCGUCUCUGGAGGCCUCCAUCCAGGCCAGAGCUCUCUCUAAGAGUCGGCCGCCGUCCACAGAGUACGAAGUGGAGCUGAACUUCAAGCUUCCAUCCCUGGAAAAGCCGUCCUCCUCUUCACCGGCGUGUGCGAACUGCUCCACCAUGCUGCAGAGGAUUCGAGAGCUGGAGGAGAAACUGUUUGAAGCCGCCAGCAAACAUAAGAUCAAGGUGCUGAACAGACCAAGGCAAGCGAUCACAGAGGAGACCAGAACCUCUGGGGAAGAGGGUGAGGCAACGGCUCACGUCGGACCAGUUCAAGGUGAACCGGACCCUGAAGCCACUCCUUCCACCUCCCGCCCUCCUCGUCCUCCUCAGCGCCGCCGCCACUACUUCAGGAAGGAGUGGCUCAAGCUCUUCCCGUUCCUCCGGUACUCCCCAAGGCUCAAUGUCAUGUGGUGCCACGUCUGCCGAGUUCAUGCGGACUCGUUCUGCCAGAACCACCGUCUGAUCAAAGGCUCCGAUCAUUUCACCAAGUCCAACAUCAGGAAGCACACCAACUCCGUCUACCACCAGCAGAACAUGCAGCGCUUCCUGUGGAGCAGCCGCCCGCCGUCCGAGGAGCCGUGGGAUCUGUCGGAUCCAUCCGCUGAGCCACAAUCAUAACAAGAAGCGAAAACAAAGGCUGCCGAUAAGUUUUUACUGAAUAAGCUCAUCAGUAUAAUAGACAAAGUGUUAAAAAUGGCUCCUACGUUGGUUUGCAAUUGUUGUGCGUUACAUUGGUGAAUGUUUUUCCUGUCAUAUCAGAACCUUUUGGAGGCCUGAAACGUCUACGCCCCGAAACAACAUGGCCUCCAUCGAUUCGCUACUUUCUGAUCUUUCUGGUGGCUCUACAACUUCUGAAAGAGAGAAACUGGAGCUGGGUGGCUUUUGACGAUUGAAGUUUUGGAAAAUAUGUUUGUGUUUUUUCACCAACACACUCCUUUGUUUACAUAUUCUAGAGUGAUGUCAGCGGACCUAGAGCCGCCAUCUUGUUUGAGGAGCGUGUUUGACAGCUCUGUUUUUAUUUGGACAUUGAAUUCAGGUCAACUUUACAACAGAAUAUUAGUGUGAGGCUAAGAUUAUUUUUGUUUUAAUUAUGAUAAUGCCAUAAUGUAGGAUUCCCAUAUUUUUGAGUAACGUCAGCGCGCCAUGAGCCGCCAUCUUGUUUGUUAACAGAUGCAGCUUCUCUUUAUUUGGACUUUGAAUUCAGGUCAAUUCUACGUCAAAAUAUUUUAGGUCAGGCUAUAAUAUUUUUAUUUUAGUUAUGAGAAUAAAUAUUACAAAAAUACAGUCAAAAUAAUACAAAAAUGUCAUGCUACCAUAAUAAAGUUGUAAUUUUAUGAGAACUCCAACACAAUAACAAAAAGUUAAAAUGACGAAUGUUGAGUAUCUUGAGAAGUUAUACUUUAGCAUCGGUUUUGCAGAUAAGAACAGAGGCGGUCUUAGCCUGCCUGGCUCCCCCCAAGAUGUCGCCCGUAUCAGAAACCUCCACUGGAUAAGAUAAUACUUCACUUUUUAACGCAUCAGCGUCAAAUUGUUGGGACUUUGAAACAAUUGUACAAUGACUGAGUCUAAGAAGAAAGAAUAACACAAACUGCAUUGGUCACGUCAGAUAACUAAGCUAAUUUUUGUCAUUUUAAGAAUUUGUUUCUUUUAAACUUGUCUUUUUCUGCUAAUAUUAUGACUAUAUUAUUAUUAAACAAAAUCCCUCGUAGAUGGCCCUGAUGUUCGUAGUACAACUCAAAGAAGAAAAGAUAUUUUCUAUCAUUUGUAAGUUUUUUUUUCUUCUUUUUAGAAAAGAAAGCAGUCAUUAAAAAAAUCAAGUGAAAUCGGAUCUGGUAUGAAAAAAUGUGGAGAUAUUAUUUUUAAACCAUAGAAACAUUCCUGAAAUCGAUCAGAUCAACUUUUGAAACGUCACCAACUCUAGGCCAGUUACCAUGGUAACAAACCCGAUAGGAGCCGAAGCAGGUUGUUACGAUACUGCUGAGCAGGUAUCGCUUCUCGUCGUCUUAGCCGGGAAGCUAAAGCACCCGUGGAAAUAUACAUUUUGAUCAAAUCAAUGGAGAUUAAAAGAACCGUAUCCAAAAGGCAAAACAAAUGGUUCCGAUUGGAGCCGCCUGUGUUACGAGCUAGUAAAGCUAACUUCCGUUUCUCACAAUGACGGCUGCUGCUGCUGUUUUUCGGUUGGAUCCCCGACUUUCGUCUUCUUUAUGACUGUUUUUGUUUUGUUCCGGAAAUAAAUUUCCCACUUCCAGUUAUGAUCCUAGAUUAGUACAAUCUGUUAACUGCUGCUGUUUUGGUGAGAAAGUUUAUAUUUUCUGACUAAAUCUGUGAAAUACGGAAGCAUUCAACUGUCAGAGCUUAGAAAUAAAUUCUGGAGCACUAAGAAUAAGAAUGGUAGUAACAGUAAAACAGAAAUACCUCCUGUGACAUUUUUUUAACAAGUUACUUCAAGAUACUUCACCUGAAUUUAUUUCUAAGCUCUGGCAGUUAAAACUGUUAAGCUGUGUAUAUAUGACACUAAACCAUUUAUUUUUUUAUUUUAAAAGUGCAUUAAAGAAAGGCCUUAAUGAAGUUGA